AUGCAUGCUCAACUGCCUGAUGAAGCUGAUGUAUUGCAGCAAUUUCUUCAGCUUCAGAUUGAGCAACUCAUUGAGUUUAUCAGUCUUCAUGAAAUGAUCAGUGCUUCUGUGCACAGUGAUGAGACUGUUAGUCAGAACAGCAUCUCAGAGCAGUUGAUUAUGAGCAGAGAAGUUUGUGAGUUAUCAGAAUUACAACAUCUUAACUGCAUAAUUGAAUCAACAUUGUCAGGCAAAAUGCAAAAUAGACUGCUCAACUCUCCAGAACAGCAAUUUAACAUUUCCAUGUUUAGUGUCAGUCUUGAUCAGCUUAUAGAUUUUAACAAGAUGAAGAAACUGUAUAUGGACUGUUAUGAUAACAUCUGCAUGAUUCUCAUCAGACAGUCAUGA